AUGACUAAAUACAUUCCACUAUCAUCCGUAAAUCCUAAGUUUGAAGAAAUUGCUAGAGGAAAAGAUCGGAUAAUCAUAUAUAAUAAGUCUGAUUUGGCUGAUCAUGCAUUUAAGAAAAAUGUCAAUCAGAAUAUACUGUUUACAAAUGCAAUUCGCAAUAAAAAUAUAAAAGCAAUCAUAGAUGCUGCUGCAAAUAAAGUAAGAGAAGAUCCUAUAAGAUAUCCAUAUGUUACUGUGAUGGUUGUUGGUAUGCCAAAUGUUGGAAAAUCAACUAUAAUAAAUUCAAUGAGAAAUAUCGGCGUUCACAGAGGUAAGGGUGUAAACAUAUUAACACUUGAGGGUCACGACACUAAUACAGCAUAUAUAGCAUACAGCAAAUGCCGUAAAGCUGCGAAAACUGGAGCAUCGCCAGGCGUAACACGUAAUGUGUCCGCAACUUCAAUUAAAGUUCUUGAAGAUCCUUUAGUUUAUUUAAUUGAUACUCCAGAAAUUGUAGCUGAUUAUUUAUUAUGGAGAUUAAAUAAGUUUGGAAAUUUUAGUUAUGUUGAAAAUUAUAAAUUAAAAGAAAAUACAGAUGAUAUAAAUCAAUUAUUGCCAUCAAUAGCAAAACGUAUAGGUGCACUACACAAGCAGGGUGAAUAUGAUCUUAGACAUGCAGCAUCAUUUUUUAUUAAACAAUAUAGAGAUGGUAAAUUUGGUAACUAUACAUUGGAUGAUGUAGAAACUGAGGCUAUAAAUGAAUUUUUUAAUAAACAGAAAAAUCCCAAAGAAAUACCAUUGA